UCCCAAAAACGCAACCCCUGUUCGUGAUAGCCUUACGCUCAUGGGGUAGUAGGGGUGAGCCGUGUAAGUGUGCUUUUGGUGCAAAUUCGCAAAAAACCACCCCUACCCCGCACUCUUCCACCAUUUCCAACCCCCUCCCCUCCUCCCCUUCCCAACACGCCAUCAAGUCGCGAAUCCCAAAUGGUUUGGAAGGCCCGAACGAUCCCGAAAAGCAGAGCAGCAGCAGCAGCAGCACCGGCGGCCGCAGUAAACCGAUUGCGAGGCGGGGGCUAAUAUGUGUGUGCGCUCGCGCGCGCGCGCACACACACGCUUGUUCCACGGCUCGCGCAAACCAUCUUUGCCAGUCUCCGUUCUGCCGCUUGGUCUUGCGCGUUUGCCCAGGGCAUUUGGAUCGGGUCGGUCGAACUCUGUUGUUUUUUGCUCCUCUCCUGAACGGUGCUAUCUGUGUGCCGGGGUUAAGUUUAUCGUCACCAAAUGCCGGAAGCAGCGAACCCUUCCAUCGACCAUGUGAACCUCAUGCAGUGCGUAUGAGUAGUGCAAGUGUCCGUGUGUGUGGGUGUUGUGUGUCGUUUUGCAAAUACCUGCGGAUGCACCAUUCGGUGUAUGCGUGUGUGUGAGAGUGCGUGUUGUGUAAUUUGUGAGUGAUCCAUUUCCGGCCCUGUCGUGGGGGAGCUCGCUAACGUGUUGUGUGUGUGUGUAUUUUGAGAGCACCACCCCACCGGCGACCUCACCAAGUGAGUUCUCGGGCGUUGGGGGUUGUUGGCUCACCUAACAACUGGGAGUGUACAUCCUGUGUCAUCGAGCGGUUUGUGGUUCCGAUACCAUUUCCGACUGAAAAUUUGUCAAGGGAAGAGAGAGAGAGAGAGAGAGAGAGAGAGAGAGAGAGAGAGAGAGAGCGCGAAAGAGAUUGAGACGAAGAAUCGGUUCAACUACAUUGCAUCAGCUAAAAGAAAAAGACGUCCAAGGUUUCUGAUUUUUUUAAAAUAUUGCAACAACCGAUACCCAAGUUUCGUUAGCGGAAAGGAAAUCAUAAGUAUGCGUCUGGUACUGAUUGUGAUCUACCUGAUACUGAUAAUGCCCAUCACCGGCCUGUGGAGAGCCGAAGGUAGCAAUGUGCUGCUCGAUCCGGACCGGGUGUGCGAAAGCAAACACCGGAAGUCGCGACGCCUUUCCGGGAAGCUGGCCGACAUCUGCAAAAACGACACGUCGCUGAUGCGUGAAAUUCACCGAGGCAUCAGUUUGGGCUUUCGGGAGUGUGAGAACCAAUUUCGACACAACAUGUGGAACUGCUCCUGGACCAUCAAACGUAGUAUGCGCCGAAUUCUGGCCAAAGAUACGCGCGAGACAGCAUUCGUGCACGCGAUCACGGCCGCCGGUAUAACGUACGCGGUGACGAAGGCGUGCACGAUGGGCGACCUGCUGGAGUGUUCCUGCCAGAAGCACUCGAAAUCGAAACCCUCCGACGAGGGAGGACGGCGUGGUGGACGGGGCGGCGCUGGGUACCGGCCGGCCGGUGGCAAUCGUCGCCGCGUCGGCGGUGGCAACCGGGCAUCCAACCCGAACGGCAUCCUGAUUGCGCCCUAUCAGCAAAAUGUCAAUGCGAAUCCAGCCUACAGCACGCUGACAGCGGCCGAGAUUGCGAGAAAUGGUCGGGCGCAGGCAGUGGGCCGUCGGCUCAACAGCGGACGCUCCCAGCGGCAUACGCCCAAGGGUGCGAAUGGUGGUGCUACCGGUGGUGGUGGUGGUGGUGGUGGUAGCGGUGCUGUUGGACAGUUGGGCCCAAAUGCCGCCGGUUUGCCGAAGGAGCUUCCCACGCUCACGAUACUGACCGGCCAGGAGGACAAGUGGAAGUGGGGCGGCUGCGACGAUAAUGUAAACUUUGGCGUACGAAAAUCGAAAGACUUCCUCGACGCGCGGUUGCGCAAGAAGAGCGACAUCAAGACGCUGGUACGGCUGCACAACAAUGACGCGGGCCGAUUGGCCGUCAAGCAGUUCAUGCGCAUGGAGUGCAAAUGUCACGGGCUGUCCGGGUCCUGCACGACCAAAACCUGCUGGAUGAAGCUGCCCCCGUUCUCGGAGGUGGGUGCCCGGCUGAAGGAACACUUUGACGGCGCAACUAAGGUAAUUGCGCGGAACGAUGGGCACAGCUUCAUGCCAGACGACGCAACGAUCAAGCUGCCGACCAAGCGGGACCUGGUGUACACGGAGGACUCGGACGAUUUCUGCGAGCCGAAUGCCAAGACGGGCUCGCUCGGGACGCACGGCCGGGAGUGUAACAUCACGUCGAGCGGCGUGGACGGCUGCAGCCUGAUGUGCUGCAAGCGGGGCCAAACGCACAGCCAGAUGGAGGUGAAGCGCAACUGCAACUGCAGCUUCAAGUGGUGCUGCGAGGUGACGUGCAGCACCUGCAUCGACAUACAGGAUGUGUACACCUGCAAAUGAGUGGUUCAGUCGUUAGUAUUGGGUUAGAUGUUUUGGGGUUGAGAGUAGAAGGUAGAGAGCUCUAGUACAACCACGGCGAGUGCGAUUUCGCGUCCCCAAGUGGCGAAAAGUGUUUGUGUAAGUUAUCAGGGAAUAAAGGGAAAAGAGGGCAAACAAAAACUGGAGGAAUGCAGGAAGAAAAGUUGGAAAGGACAUACAAAAAAUGGGAAAAAUGAGCUAAAUAAGAAGGGAGGCGGCAAAUAUGCGUUAAACUAGAAAUGUUAAAGACUGACUGAAAUUAGUUGUGAAAUUUAAACCGAAUUGAGCACCUUUCAAUAUUGCGUGAGAACAGUGCAGUGAGAAUGAGUGCAAGAAAAAAAAGAAAGAAAGAGAGAGUACAGAGAGGAAGUAGUGGAGUGAGACACUAAAAUGUGCGAAAAUAACAGUUAUCAGAGAGCAAAUACUGAGUGUACAUACCGAAAAGAGGAUUUAAAAAACCCAGCAUCGCUCCCCUUUACAAGUUUCCUUCCCUCUCCUUAAAAAUCAUGUAUUAAUCUAAACUCUAAUGCUUUUUGUGAUCUGUGGUGAACACACUACCGUAAACCGAUUAUGAUAUUUAUUGUUAAGUGCUACACGAUCGUGUACGAUCGAACGAUGACUGUGCAUGCGCGAACGAAUCAAACGAACGAAUUUAGGGAUGAAGCGGGGAGCGGGUGGUCAUUUCUUUUUUGUUUUGGCAGCAGAUGAUGAUCAUAAUAAAAUGCAAAAAUCAAACAACGCAACAACAGAAUCGCACACCGAAAAUGUACGUUGUAUUACAAUGUUAAAUGCAAAACCACUCCACCACGUGGUAGGGCUGUUUUUCCCAAUACUGUGAGAGAAGGGGUAGCAGACUUUUCUCUUUCCCCGCCACAUUUACCACCCAAAGGGAAGGGGGUAAGGAAGGAGAAGAAAAGCUAGAAGGAAAAGGUAAGACCAUUUUGUUGAGAAAGAAAAUG